AGGGAGAGAAGAUGGGGGGAAGAUAGAUAGCUGUUUAUUUUUAAAGCCAUCUGUUUUGCGUUGAAGGAGAAGAUGUGAUGUUUAGGGAGCCAUGAGUUGAGGAGAGUAUGGACUGAAGGAGGGACACUGUGGAUUUUUUGGUUGAGGGGGUGUGUGUGUGUGUAUAUAUAGCUUCAAUGCUGUUUGGACCUGGUAGGAUAUUAACACUUCUUUGUGAAGGGGCAGGGGGACACAGAGAGAGUAAGAGAGGGAUGUAAGGAAUGAGGAAGAGAGACAAAUGGCAUAAAGGGGGACAUUGUAAAUCGAGAUCGUGCAAAUUCACUCUGACUGACUCAUUGGACAGUUUUGUUUAUCAACGCAGGACAGAGAGCCAAAGUAAAGGAAAGACAGCAAGGUGAUAAGACACACAGGAGAGAGAGAGAGAAGUGGGAGAGCUUGGUCACUGCCCGGGAUACACAGAUACUGAACACGGCGAACUGGAUGGUGCUGCAGACAUCAUUCAAGGAAGGUGGACUUAAAUACAUAGGAAGUCAAACCAAUCAUGGAUGAAGUAUUAGUUAACACGAAGGAUUCCGGGAGUGACCAUGGAGCCAACCAGACGGAUAACAACAAUAACAAUCAGACAGAGGGUGAAGUUCCAGUCCACGAGAGGGCCAACCCUGACAGAGCGUCCGUGCUGGAGGACACAGUGGGAGGGGAUUCUGGGCAGGGGGCGGAGGCCGGUGGAGAGACAGUAACGGAGGAAGGCCCGGAGCCUGGUAAUGGAGAUCCAGAGGAGCGUGAGUCCGAUGGUGGCCAGGCGGGGAGAGAUGCGGAGGAGGGGGGGGGGGCAAACCCUGAUGCCGACACAUCGGAGACACACAGUCCCAAAACGCUGAUUGGAAAUAGAGCGGGGAAGGGAGAGGAGGAGAGGGAGGACAAGAAUAGCAAAGGGCAAGAGGUGGUCACGACAGCCGAGAUUGAGAAAGAGGGAGUGGAGGGGAAAGAGGUGGAUAAAGACGGGGGAGACAACACCCAACAGGCAGGGGACAAGACAGACGGGAAAACGGAGGAUGGGGGAAAAGGAGAGGAGGAUAAGGAGACAGCACAGCCGGGGAAGACAGAGGGGGCGAAGGGAUCGGACACCAAGAACAGGCAGGUCAAAGAGAAGGGGAAGAUCAAGGAGGGAGAGAAGCAAGGGAAGGCGAAAAGAAAAAGCGUGGCGUGUCCUUCCCCUGCCACUCCGGCCUCUGCGCCCGUCUCGCUAUCCCGACCCCGCUCCUCUGCCCGCUCUGUCCGGCCGUCCACCAAAAAGGACAUCAUAGCCAAGUUCCAGCAAGGAGCACCUGAGACGCCAAUUUCUCGUAACUUCAAACUGCAGAAGUCGGCUGCGGCGGUGGCAGGCGGGGCGUCGAUAAAACAGAAGAUCCUUCAGUGGUGUCGCAACAAAACACGCAACUACGAGGGUGUAUCCAUAGAGAACUUUUCAUCGUCAUGGUGUGACGGGCUGGCGUUCUGUGCCCUGGUGCAUCGCUUCUUCCCGGAUGCCUUUGAUUUCUCCACCCUGAAGGCAGAAGAGAGAGAGAAGAACUUUACUCUGGCCUUCAAGACAGCAGAGUCCAUGGCUGACUGCUGCCCCCUGCUGGAGGUGGCUGAUAUGAUCCUGAUGGGGAACAGGCCAGACCCUCUGUGCGUGUUUACCUACGUCCAGGCCCUGUGUCAUCACCUCUCCAAAAUAGAGAAGGAGAGGAAGGACAAGGAGGAGGAGAAAAAGAGUACAAACGAAGGAGGGGAGGAAAGUGGCAGGGCUACGGAUGGCGAGGAAAUGUCCACUGAAAAGAAAGAGGGAGAAGUAGGGGAGAAUGGGAAGAUCGGUGACCAGGAAAGAGAGGACAAACCUGACAAAGAGUUCAUUGGGGACCAGAAAAAUGAUGAGGGAAGCUCAGCAGUGAAGGUAGUCGAAGAGGAUGAGAAGAAAGACAGCCGACAGUUAGUUGGUGCACAGGCUUAGAACAACUAAGACAGAGCAAUUCAAAAGACCAAUAGAGAUAAAUAUGCCAAGACGGCAAGGAUAGGGUACUGUCUUGCUACUGUUUCAUGUCAGUCUUACAGUUUGAAACUAAAAUUGUUUAGAUAGUUAGAGCACCGUUUGUGUGUAAUUGACACGUCAGGUCUAAUCAGCAAGCAUGUCCAGAUUUAUUUUAAUUUGUGUCAUGUUAUUAUUAUUAUUAUUAUUAUGUAGCUAUUAUUUCAAACGUUACUAUGCUGUGACUUUGUAGGCUAGUGGGAUGUGUAUUUUUGUCACAAAUAAAGCGACAAUCAUUCGUUUUUAAUUUACAAUGUGUCCGUCAACAAAGAAGAAAACACAGGAAACUCGAAGUCUUGUGAGUUUGGUCUUUGUCUCAAUAUACAAUAUACUUGUAAAUCCAACGAUUGCUAAUAAACGAGCAUUUAACAGAUCGUUAAAAACACUUCACGUUAAAAUGUUAGUGUUUGAGUACUGCGGAAAAAGAACCACGGUUGUGCUCACUGUUCUGACACAGCAGCCCACUGCUGAAGACAAAUCUCCAUAGAACGAAAUUAUGAUUUGAAAUGUGAUUUGACUUACUCCGAACCUUCCGAUGAACACGAGCCCAUUACCGCAUGUUUUUUUAGGUCUUGUACGUGUUUACGUUACCAGCAGAUUCGGCGUUCGUUUCUUACUAGUUAUAGCUGCACAUCCAUUUGUAGGAUUACGGUGGUGAAGUGUUCUGCUAUGACCGGAAAGGGCUUUGUGUACAGCAGGGCAGAUAGGCUACUCGAUGGGUAGUGUUGCUUGGGUGUCCUCAUAUUUUUGUGUUUUUCUAUAAUAUCUUCACACUAUCAACACGAACAAUGCCGACGUAUUUGUCAUCGGUGCAAACACAACUUGCAUCGAUUAUGGACGUGCUUGCGAAAGCAGCCGUUGCAGAGAUUAGUCAGCUCAUCUCCGAGAGCUCAGCAGACCUUCGGUUGGAGAUCUCCCGCAGCAUAAAAGAAAACGAAGUCCUGAGGACGAGGAUGAAAGUAAUGAAGAGUGAGCUCUUUGCCCUACGGCUUCAAAAAACGAACGCAACUCGGGCCGGUCGGUUCUCUUUUAGCAAAGCCCUUUGUAGACCACGUUCAAGACUGGCAGUCGUAGACAAAAUAGACCGCCAUGGAAGAAGUAGUCCCAUUACAAUAACAGAGGAUGAGAGACAUCCGACCACUAAUAAAAUCGAGUCUACAGAUGUGGAGAGCAGUAACUGUCCUGAUGUUAUCCUAAUCAAAGAAGAGGAUGGACCUGAGGUUAACUUCAGACAGCAUGCAGAUCAGGCCCAGUCCCAAAACGAGGAGAAUGUGGCACAGUCGGUUGCUAUGGGAAUGCCGGAGCUCAACCCCUCCUCCCUGAUGUUGGGUAACGAGGGGCCGUGUAUUGUCAGCGUCCACAGUGGAGGAGAUGUGGCCCAAGGCCCGGCGUGGGCGGCCCCUGAGAACUCUUCUCCCUUCACACAACCGGAUCCACAGAGGUUCCCUAGUCUUGCACCCAUCCACACUGUCAACCAUGGCUCCCAAUCACAGCAAAGCCAUGAUGCUAGCAGAACCCAGAUGACAGGGAUGCAGGGCAGUGGGGAGGCUCAGAGGAGAGGAGGGGCCAGUGGGAAUGUAGACCAGGCUACUACCCUGGCAGCCUCAACAGAGAUGACCCCAACCUCAUCAAACCUGUCCCGGUACGAAGGCUGGCGACUGGGUCUGGAUGUGAGAACAGCCCAGCACCAUCCGUCACCCCUGGCAUGCAGUUUCUGCAAUAAGCGUUUUUACCGGCGCUCGGAUUUGGCGCGGCACCGUACUAUUCACACGGGGGAGGUUCCCAUUACCUGCCACUUGUGUGGGAAGCAGUUUGUCAACAAGACGACUCUGAACGUCCACAUGCGUAUCCACACAGGGGAGAAGCCCUUUGUGUGCUCGUUGUGUGGGAAGAGCUUCACACAGAACGGCAGCCUGAAGAUCCACAUGAGGACACACUCGGGGGAAAAACCCUACGGCUGCUCUCACUGUGGGGCCAACUUCAACAACCCUAGCAACCUGCGCAGACACAUGGUCACACACACAGACGAGGGGAACAUGGCACUCUGAUAACUGCCAGCUCUCCGCUUUCCAGCUCUUCUGUGUAAUUGCCUUUUAAUUGUCCUUUUCGAUAUCUCUGUCCUGGAUAAUGGGUUUUGGUGUAUGUCCAGGUAAUCAAUAUAAAAUGCCCUUAAACUAUAGCUUUGUGUUUUUUGUAGUUUUUUUUCUUUUCUUCAAUAAAAAUGUUUUAUUUUU